CUGUAUUUAAAGAGUCAGCAUGUGAGGGUCUUCAGGCAGUGGUGAAUUAGUUAGUGACACACUAAAACCAGAGUUUCACUACAGAUCAGCAUGAAGUUUACGUUGUUGUUCAUUCUGACAGUUUGGGUGAAGUCCCUCCGCUCCGGCUGCUCUCCGUCAUGUAUUCAUCCGCCAGGAAAGUGGUGCUCUUCUUUAGACUCGGCUGUUCAAUGUGGGGUUGUAAAGCAGUGCCUGGAGUCAGAUUUUCUGCGGUCCCGUCAGACAGCAGAUCCAGUCCAUGUUGAACUUUACUAUGAGAGCCUGUGUCCUGGCUGCAGACUUUUCCUCACCCACAUGCUCUUACCCACAUGGGUCCUCCUGGGAGACAUCAUGUCUGUAACUCUGGUGCCAUAUGGCAAUGCACAGACUUGUUUACUCAACAUGACUGACAUGGCUUUCCACAUCAUCUACUGUAUGGAGUCCUCCUCUGAUGUCCUCGGUGCAGCUGAAAGUUGUGUGAAGGUCUAUGCCCCCGAGUUGACCACUGACAAACUGAUGAGUUGUGUGAAGGGGGACACUGGAAACCAGCUCAUGCACCAGAAUGCCCUGAAGACCAAAGCCUUGACCCCUCCACACCAGUAUGUGCCUUGGGUGACCAUUAAUGGG